UUUUAUUUAUUUAAAAUUCUCAGCUGUUACCCAGAUGUUAUGGAACAUAACCUUAUUUUGGUUUCGUUCUUUAUCUUUAAUCUUCAUAAAGUCAAGGACAUGAAGAAUUGUUGUUGAAGUUAGAGUAAUAUUAAUGUCCUACUGAAAGUGAAAUUUAACAAUUUCUUAUAAUGUCUAGUUUAAAGAAGCUUAUCGGACUAGAUAAGGUCAGUAAUUUAGUGAAGAUUGUUCAAGACAAUGGUGGAGUUGUAUCUUCUGCUUUGAAGGUGUUCAGGAUGGACGAUUUGAAAAGUGGAACAUUGGUUGGUGUUGAUAAGUAUGGAAACAAAUACUAUGAAAACAACGCUCAUUUUGUUGGAAGAAAUCGGUGGGUAGAAUAUGCUGAUCAUUACUGGCUGGACUACAAUGCAUCGCAGAUUCCGGCUGAAUGGUAUGGAUGGAUGCAUUACAAAACUGAUCUCAUCCCGACAAAGGAUCCUAACAGACCUCACCAUCGUUGGAUGUUGGAUCACACGGAAAAUAUGACCGCAACUAGUGAGCAAUACACCCCCUACAGUACAACCCGGCCCAAAAUCCAGGCCUGGGUCCCUCCCAAAAAGUAAUAUUAGUAUGCAGAUGAAAUCAGUAGACUACAUUACAACUAUAUUGGUUCAUUAGUUUAUAAAUAUAUUUGUUGAUAAUAAAUGUUGUGUAAACUUGA